AUGUGCUACCCAUUCACCGAACGAGAUGUUCAAGUCACUUACAGUAUCCACGCUACCCACGUACUCUUCACCGACGACAUUAUCCACGAACUCGGCGACGCAAUAGAUGAGGUCGAAGUCCGUCUUACCACUAGCAAACCUCAGAAGUCACCAUCCUGCAAUCGCUAG